AUGAGUUCGACUAUGAGAAAUGUGAUGCAUAAUAUUGAGUAUAUCUCAAAAGAAGAACAAAUCGAUCAAGAAAGCGAUGGUGUUACAGAGUGUCCAAUUUUCCAAUGGAAAGUUGGUGAUGUUUGUCAUGAUGCCGAUUGCAAUAGUGUAGAGGUAUCUGAUGAUAUUGGACAAGAAAAUGUCAAAGUUGUUGAUGACGAUGAAGUGUUCACAGAGAUAGAAUCGACCGAUGCUGGAAAUAGUGAUGCCGAUCUUUUAAAAGCGCCUGUUUUCUCGAAAGGUGGUGCAAUUCAUUUUUUAGGAACUCUUAAUCAAUCGUCGCUUGUGGAUUCUUCUGUCGAAUUCAAGAAGAAAAAACGUUCUUCCAAAGACGAAUAUGAUAAUGCUAAUGCUGAUGGUGAUACAAUUCGUAUGAAAAAUAUGGACGAUUCUGCACAAAGAUCAUCACAUUUUAUCUAUUCUUUUCGUAAAAGACAACGUGUUGAACCAGAAAAUGAAACUAAAGUGUCAGAAAAACUGGUUGUUGGUAUGUCGUAUUAA